GAAAGAGUAAAUCAUUCUUUGUUAUUGUAACAGUUUAGUUCAAAUAGUAAAUUUUGUUAUAAUAAUGGAUAUAAAAACGAUAACUCCAUUUUAUUGGCGUGAAAAUGAAGAAAACUGUUCGAACUUGUUGAAAGAUCAAUCGUUAAUAGACACAAUUCCAUUACUGAAUGUUAAUAAGUUGGAACAAUUAGGCAACUCAAAACUGGUUAGAUUCAUUGGGAUGAUUCAAGAUAUGCAUACUCCUGAGUAUUAUUUAGAAAAAUUUGAGGUAGUAAAUAAAAUUACAAAUGAAAACUCUUGGUUACAUAGUAAAUACGAAGAAAGCGUUGCAGUGAAUGAUAAUGAAUACAUUAAUUUUGAUAAUAUUUCUAAUGUUACUUCUGAGCGACAAACUUUUGUUGUUAUAUCAGUACCAGCAGUGAAUACAUGGGUUAAUGUGUAUGAAGAAAAAUCGAAAGUUAUUCCAGAAAAUUGUGCACCGAUGUUAUCAAGUAAAAAAAGAGUUCUAGAGGAAACUAUGGAUGUAGAAGAUCCUUGCUGUGCUUCAAAUAGUAACAUACAAAACAAGAAAAUUUGCAACAAUAAUUUUAAUCGAACAGAAUCAAAAUUUAUACCUAACCGUCCAAAUGAUAUUUUUCCACUUCCUACAGAUACUAAUCAAGUAUAUCAUGUUAAGUUGUAUGGCGACCAGGAGGUGUUGAAAAUUAAUGAUGUGUGUGAAUUUAUUGGUUUUUUGGAUAUGGAUCCAUCAGUAAAUGCUAAUAGAGAUGACAAUGACAUGGAUACAGAUGGAGCGACAUGUUUCAUACCCAAAAUUCAUUGUACAUGCUUUCGAAAGAUAGUACAUGGCGAUACUUUGGCCGCUGAAUAUUUACUGCUGCAUCUAAUAUCAAGAGUGUAUUUACGUCGUGAAGGCCUAGCAUUAGGCAAGUUAUCAUUAAAUAUCUCGAAAAUUCCAGAACUUGCUAAUUAUCCAAAUGAAUUGUAUAAAUUCAUUGAAAAAAUUGUUCCAAAAAGUGUCUAUUUGCCAAUGACCUUAGAAAACCUAAAUGAUUUAACAUUUAUUCCAAAAAAAGAUUAUGAAUUGAAUUAUUUAUCAUCUGGUGUACUUCAGUUAAGUGAAAAUACCCACUUUGUCUUGGAUGAAACCAAAUUAACUCCUGGAAAAUUAAAUUCGGCAGGUAUAAGCAACAUUAAAGCUAUAUCUGAUGUAAUCAAAAACCAAUCUAUAGCUUACGACUUUAAAUACUACCCACUGGAAUUUAAUUGUGACAUUCCUUUUUUGAUAUUAUCUGAAGGAAAAUCGAUGAUCAACAGUGAUGUUCAUGUUACUUUAGAACCGGAUCCAAUGUGUACAAACACCUUUAAAGAAAUAAUUGAAGCAGCAGAACAUUUCUUGAAACCAGAUUUAUUAAAUGAUGUAAGAAAAUAUUUGACAAUCUCGAGAAUGUCUGAUUAUUCAAUCACUGAACAGAACGAAGAGUUCAUCCAAAAUGAAUUUGUCAAGAUGCGUCAAAUCAGAAGUAAUGUCACUGCAGAUGAUUUACAUAGUAUGCUUAUUAUAUCCAGACUGGUAUCAAUCUCUGAAGGAAAAGGGUGUUUUGAUAAAGAAUCAUGGGAAAAGGCUUUCAAAAUGGAAGAAGAAAGAAAUAUUAGAAUUAAGAAUUUGAGAAAAUAAAAUCUAAUAAAUGUUUUUAUAUGUU